ACUUAGUUGCGCACGAGACUCAAAAGCGAUUACUUGUAUUGAAGGUAAAGAAUAGUUCGUAAAUAUAACGGUUGUAAAAUUGAUUUCAAAUGGUACAGCGAUGAGAAUAAAGAAUAAAACCUUAUAAAAAGCGAAAUCUCACGACUAUUAUUAUUAACCAGAUUUGCUUGCUGGUUUAUAGCAUAUUCCUAUUUUAUGGGUAUGAGUGAAAUCGUGCAUCUAAAUGUUGGAGGAACGAGAUUUUCUACUUCUCGUCAAACUUUAUCAUGGAUUCCUGACUCAUUUUUUACUGCAUUAUUAAGUAAUCGUAUUGCAAGUAGAAAAGAUGAAAGUGGAGCACUGUUUAUUGACAGAGAUCCAAAGAUUUUUUCAAUUAUUCUCAAUUAUUUACGAACGAAAGAUAUCGAUUUAAAAAAUGUAAAUCUUCGUACAUUAAGGCAUGAAUCAGAAUAUUAUGGGAUAACUCCAUUAGUUAAAAGACUGAUGCUGUGUGAAGAUUUAUCUCAGUCUUCAUGUGGAGAUGUUUUAUUUUAUGGUUAUUUACCACAUCCCAAUAUUCCAUUGCAAGAACCACUAAGUGUAUCUGCAACUAUAAGCGAUGUAUCAAUUCAUGGUAGACCACUUAGUUCUACCUCAACAUCUCCCCCUAGAAUUGAAAUGCCAGUAUCCUCUCAACCUGUAGCUAAUUUUAAUUCUCCUGCUCAAGCUUCAAAUCCUAAUAAUCAAAGAACUCUACGAGUUCAAAUCAUAAAAGCCCAUCACAAUUCAAUAGCUGUAGCAUAUGCACAUUUCAUCACAUGUUAUCGAUUAAUGGAUUCAUGUGGCUGGCUGCAUGAUUUCACUAGUCCAUAUAUUGAAUCUGUAAUCGAGCGAGUUGCAAUAAAUGCCAAAAUGGGAAUAGGCACAGAAGGAAAAAUGGUUGCUAUCUCUUAUGGUAGUCAAGUAAGAUUAUGGUGUGUCACUGUAAAUGGUAUAAAGACAAAGAAUAUUGGUACUUUCAAUUUAAAUGUGCGUGUCGAAUAUUUAUUUUUUAUUGGAAGUCAAUUAGUUGCAUUAUCACCGACGGGAAAAAUUGGAGUUUGGCAUGCAAUGACACAUCACUGGCAAAUUCAAGACGUUGUAUCAAUUUCAUCCUUUGAUACUGCAGGGUCAUUUUUAUUAUUUGGAUGCAAUAAUGGAUCUAUUAAUUACAUUGAUAUGCAAAAGUUUCCCCUUAGAAUGAAGGAUAAUGAUCUGCUUGUUACACAGUUGUACAGAGAUCCCAGCCAAGAUCCAAUAACAGCGAUAUCAGUUUACUUAACACCAAAAACAACACAAGGUCUUUGUGGAAAUUGGAUUGAAAUAGCUUAUGGUACAAAAUCAGGAAGUGUACGUGUCAUUGUACAGCAUCCAGAAACAGUUGGACAUGGACCUCAGCUUUUUCAAACUUUUACUGUGCAUCAAAGCAGCGUGACAAAAGUUACUUUGUCAGAAAAUUAUUUGGUAUCAGUUUGCUCUGAAUAUAAUCAUGUCAGGACUUGGGCUGUUACGCGAUUUAGAGGUAUGAUCUCUACUCAACCCGGUUCAACGCCUGAAGCCAGUUUCAAAAUUGUUUCCCUUGAUGCUAUUGAACCAUGUAUUAGCUAUAACGCAGGAAAUGAUUUUGGACCGUUUGGUGAGCAAGACGAUGUGCAAGUAUUUGUACAAAAAGUUGUACCAGAGACAGAUCAACUAUUUGUAAGAUUGGCAUCUAACGGUAAACGCGUUUGCGUAAUACGUUCGGUAGAUGGAAGCGUCAUCACGUCAUUUUGUGUACAUGAAUGUGAUGGAUCGAGUCGCAUGGGCUCAAGACCGAGGCGCUUUAUAUUUACAGGACACUCCAACGGUGCCAUUCAGAUGUGGGAUCUGACAACAGCACUGAAUGCAUUUUUUAAUGUUUUAUCAGCCAAAGAAUUUUCUGGAGGUCCAACACCAGAAGAAUUAUGGAAGUUACUAGACCAAUGUGAUUUGAGUAACAGUCAUUGUUCAACACCAUCCAUUAGCCCAUCUCCAUCCUUGAUUAUGUCCGGACCGAAAAUAAAAGCUAGUAAUGUCUUAUUUCUAAAUCAAUCACAAAACUCAUCAAUAGGACCAAAUCAAUCUUAACUCAUCACUAAGUCAUAAAUUUAUACAUUUGCAUUUAUUUUCUAAAAUUUAAUUUGUACAUAGGAAUAUAGGUUUGAUGAAGUUUGUGACAUUUAUAGUAACUAUCACAAUUGUUAAUUUACGAUAAAAAAUAGGUACCGAUUUGUCAAGAAAUUAAAAAAAUUGUUGUAUUUGAAUAAGGUUGAGCUUUAUAAAAUCGUAUUGUAAUAACAAUACUUUUUACUGUGAUCUAAACCAAUAAUAUAAGAAUUUCAGGAUUAAAUAAUUUCAUUGUAAAUGAUAUAGUCGAAUACAAUAAUUAAUAACGUAAAGACAUUAAAUGAAUCGACUUUUUUAAUACCUAGUAC